GUUCCACCCGGUGCGUAAAUGCCAACGCACCGGAAGCAGGCAUUACGUGUAGUGGCUAGCCAACCAUGUGCUAAAAUCUUGUGUUUUUUCUUUGCCUAUCAUGGACAACACAACGGACGGCACGUGGGACAGUUUAUCUGUCCAGCUCAAUCAGAAGAUCUUACAGACGCUCGAAGAAAUGAAGUUUACUUACAUGACACCUGUUCAGUCUGCUUGUAUUCCGCUGUUCAUGAGCAACAAAGAUGUGGCUGCUGAGGCGGUGACUGGGAGUGGGAAGACUCUGGCGUUUGUCAUUCCUAUUAUUGAGCUGCUGCUGAGGAGAGAAGAGAAGCUGAAGAAGAGGCAGGUUGGUGCUCUGGUGAUCACUCCCACAAGAGAGCUGGCCUUGCAGAUCAGUGAAGUAACUGAGAAGUUUAUUCAGAAAUUCCCACAAUUUACGCAGAUUUUACUGAUUGGUGGCAGUAAUCCUAUCGAGGAUGUGGAAAAGUUCAAGGAUCAGGGGGGGAACAUUGUGAUUGCGACACCUGGUCGUCUGGAGGACAUGUUCAGGAGGAAGUCGGACGGUCUGGACCUGGCCAGUGCAGUCAGGAGUCUGGAUGUUCUGGUUCUGGACGAGGCGGACAGACUGCUGGACAUGGGCUUUGAGGCCAGUCUGAACACCAUCUUGGGCUACCUUCCCAAGCAGAGGCGAACAGGCCUGUUCUCAGCCACUCAGACUCAGGAGCUGGAGAACCUGGUGAGGGCCGGUCUCAGGAAUCCUGUCCGCAUCACCGUCAAAGAGAAGGGCCAGGCCGCCGCUGCCACCCAGAAGACCCCCUCCAGACUCUCCAACUACUACACUAUUUGCAGAUCAGAGGACAAGUUCAACACUCUGGUGGCGUUUCUACGGCAACACAAACAUGAGAAGCACCUGGUCUUCUUUAGUACUUGUGCCUGUGUGGAGUACUUCGGUCGAGCUCUGGAAGUGCUGGUGAAGAAGGUCUCCAUCCGCUGCAUCCAUGGGAAAAUGAAGAAUAAGCGCAACAGUAUCUUUGCUGACUUCAGGACCCUGAAGAGUGGGAUCUUGGUGUGCACAGACGUCAUGGCCAGAGGCGUCGACAUCCCUGAUGUUAACUGGGUGCUGCAGUAUGAUCCUCCCAGCAGCGCCAGUGCUUUUGUGCAUCGAUGUGGGCGAACGGCGCGUAUCGGUAACUACGGCAACGCCCUAGUCUUCCUGCUUCCGAUGGAGGAAUCUUAUGUCAAUUUUUUAUCCAUUAACCAGAAAUGUCCUCUCCAGAAGAUGUCUCCUGUGAAGGACGUGGUGGACGUGCUGCCUAAAGUGAAGGCCAUGGCGUUGUCAGACCGGGCCAUGUUUGAGAAAGGCAUCAGAGCUUUCGUCUCUUGCGUCCAGGCCUACCGCAAACACGAGUGUAGCCUCAUCUUCCGGGUCAAAGAUCUGGACUUUGCUUUCUUGGCCAGCGGCUUUGCUCUCCUCCGCCUGCCAAAGAUGCCAGAGCUGAGAGGAAAAUCCUUUCCAGAGUUUGAAGAGACCUCGGUGAACACAGACAGCAUCCGCUACAAAGACAAGAACAGAGAAAAGCAGAGGCAGAAGACUCUGGCUGAGCGGAAAGAUAAAGUCCAGGCAGAGCUUCCUAAAAAGAACUUCCUAAAGAAUAAAGCCUGGUCCAAACAGAAAAUGAAGAAGGAGCGCAGGAAAAAACGGGUGGCUAAGAGAAAACACGAUGAGGACCCCGAUGUCGAUGACGAAGAAAUGAAAGAGCUUUUAGACGACACUCGUCUUCUCAAGAAGCUGAAGAAAGGCCAAAUCAGUGAGGAAGACUUUGAGGAACAGAUAAGCAGACCCAAACUGAAGCACAAGGCAGAAGAGCCAGAGCAGGAACACCACAGCUGAGACUGAGAUUCGAUGUGUUUUAUUAGAGCAUAGUGUUCUAAACACUGUUAUAAAUAAAGUUUAAUGAGCUCAUCGCUGACUGCUGAUGGGGUGAGUACUCCAAGGUCUGUGAAGAGGAGGGUGAUGAGGGAGGGAGGUGUGUAGUCGAUGAUUGGAUCCGCCUCAGACAGGUUUUGAUGGGACUUCAGGGUGUCGGCUUUGUACUGUAAAGGGAAGGAGGUGCGAGUGAGGGAAUCCUCAGAGUAAAGAGAGAAACCAAACAAGUGUGAAGACCAACCUUAAACUUAUCGGGCACGUCCUGCUGGUUCAGAGGGUACAAGCGCACAAACUUAAAGCUUUCCGCCACCACGUAGAAGGGCUUGUUGUGAGCUUUGGAGCACAGAGCCAUCUGAUACGUGCCGAUCUGAAAGAACACACACUUGUUACGUCUCCAAUGUGUCAGAUUAUAGAUAAAAUCAUCUUCCCCUUUAACCAUGAAUGCUUGUCCCUCUGAAUUAUAAAAUAUAUCUACUCAGAAAACGGAACCAGAAGAACAGCUACCCGUCAUGUCAUGGAACGUUUUCAUUUGUGUCAACUGGACCGAUUAUGUUAAUGAAGUUUGUAGAAAGACUUUUUAUUAAAGCCUGACUUUGAAAGUGUAAUGUGAUAAAUGAAAUAUUUAUCAUAUAAGCUUAUUUAAGGUAGACCUGGUGAGGUUACAAGUCAUCCCUUUAAUAAUUAUGAGCCUAAAGAACAAACUAAUGAUUUCAGGUUCAACUUUGGCUCUUUAGGGUGACUAAUGUGUCACCAUGAUGGACCUUACCUGCUCUGAUACUGGUUGUAUUUUAGAUUUUAAAAAUGCUGUAAAAGCACUUAUUUUGUAAA